AACCUUUCCUGCAAUACUGUGUGUCGGAUUGAAAACACUCGGAGCUAAGCUAGGAUGUUCUGUUCCCUGGAUUCCGGUCGUUCUGCAGUGUAGUGUUCUACACCUGUUGCCCCACUUCUCCCCAUGGAUGAAGAAGUGAUCGCUACCACUGAAGAUACUUACCACAGCACAACACAGGGGUGUACAUGCAGUACACAGCAGUACACAGUCAUGCAUCUAUCUCGCACAAAUGAUCCAGCUUCUUAUCGAGAGAUAAGAGCAUCGAGGAUUCCGUGGAGCAGUGUCCGUCUAUCUCCAGCAGAACAGAGAGAAGACGUAUAAACCCCUCGACGAAGAGGCCCCAUCGAGCACCAACCGCCACGAACCUCACUACACCCACCAUCAUCAUCCUCAUCACAGUCACUAUGUUGGCCACACCCACAACUAUCGGUCGAGGACCGGAAAUGAACCCCCACAUUCGGCCUCGCCUUCUCGCCGACAGCGUGGUGCCCGUUCCUUCGUCCCCCCUCAAAGACAGCAAUGUCGCCGCCUAUGAGCCCCUGGUCUCGCCUGCCCUGCUAAUCCACGAGUUACCCACCACGUUGGCCUCGCGACGCACGAUCGAGUCUGCGCGCCAGGGAGCCGCGCAGAUCAUCCAGCGAACCGGCGAUGACCGGUUGUUGGUCAUUGUGGGCCCUUGCUCGAUCCACGAUACUGAAGUAGCGCGCGACUACGCGGUCCGGCUGCAGGCAGCCAUUCAGGAGCAUGGGUGGGACCAGGAUCUGCUGAUCGUCAUGCGGGCUUAUCUGGAAAAGCCGCGGACCACCGUGGGCUGGAAAGGAUUCCUCUACGAUCCGACCAUUGACUCCACCAACCAAGUCAACCGGGGUUUGAAGAUUGCGCGCCAAUUGCUGCUCGACAUCACGGCGCUCGGGCUUCCCGUGGCCUGCGAGGUGCUCGACACCAUCUCGCCGCAGUUCCUGGCCGAUCUGUACUCGUGGGGGGCCGUUGGGGCUCGCACCACCGAGUCGCAGGUCCACCGGCAGUUGGUCUCGGGCCUGUCGUUUCCCAUUGGGUUCAAGAAUGCAUCCUCCGGGAAGAUUAACGUUGCUCUAGAUGGGAUGCAGAGUGCCGCCUCGCCCCACUCGUUCCUGGGUGUUACCGAACAAGGCCUUGCAGCUAUCGUCCACACGAAGGGAAACCCUCAUCUCCACGUCAUCCACCGUGGUGGUGAGAGUGGGCCCAACUUCGACGCUGCUUCGGUGGCCUCCACCGUCAAGGCGUACCCCAAGGAUCUGCGGCCGAGCAUCAUGAUUGAUGCCUCCCACGGCAACAGUCAGAAGGACUACCGCAACCAGCCUAAGGUGAUCGAUGUGGUUGCCGAACAGAUCGCAGCGGGCGAGCAGGCUAUCACUGGCGUCAUGAUCGAGAGCAACAUCAACGAGGGCAAGCAGGCUGCGCCAGAUUCCGAGGAGGAGGUGCAGAAGCUCAAGUACGGUGUCUCCAUCACGGACGGAUGCGUGAAUUUCGAGACUACGGUGCAGAUGCUGCAGACGCUUAGCCAGGCUGUCAAGCAGCGCCGGGCCCU